AUGAACGGCCUCAACGACGUCCAUCUGGACGAGUUCGACGCGCUCUACAACCAGCUGCAAGCGCGGCCGCAAGAUGUCGGAAACUGGAAGAGACUCGUCCAGCUGGCCGAAGAAUCAGAUGUCGACACGAAAAUACGCGUGGCAUACGACGCGCUAUUGAAACAGUAUCCCAACACCUCAGCGGCUCAGGUAUCCUACAUUGACUGGUUUAUGAAGCAUGGGCGCUUCAACGAAGCCGAGGACUUGUUCAAGCGCUACCUUAGAGGGUCGCCCAUGGUCGAUCUCUGGCGGUUUUACCUGCAAUAUGUCCUGCGACCUAAAGCCGACGGCAGCAUGCCUUCGCGCGAUGUGAUACGCAAGUCGUAUGAGUUCGCGCUGUCGCACAUAGGGCAGGACAAGGACAGCGGCGAGAUCUGGAAGGACUACAUUCACUUCAUCGAGUCUGGUCCCGGCUCAAAACCGGAUCCGUCUUGGGACAAGCAGCAGCGCAUGGACUCACUUCGCAAGGUAUACCACCGAGCACUACAAGUACCCAUGGAGAAUCUCGAAUCAAUCUGGUCGUCAUACGAAGCCUUCGAAAAGAGCCUGAACAAUCCCAACGUCGCCAAGAAGUUCAUCGCCGACCUCAACCCCGCAUAUAUGCAAGCGCGCGCGACCCUUCGCAAGCUCAAGGAACUCACGCAAGGUCUCUUCCCCCACUCCACUUCGCGUGAAGACAUGACGCUGCCUAUGCCCCCUACGUUCAGCAACGCUGACCUCAGUCUGAUCGGCCGCUGGCGCGCGUACCUCAAGUGGGAAAUGGACAAUCCGCUGGAGAUUGAGGAGAAGGAUCGCACGACUCUCAUUGCGCGCAUACAAGCGGUCUAUCGUAAGGCCGUGAUCCGUAUGAGGUACUACCCUGAGAUCUGGUUCAUGGCUUACAACUGGACGAACGCCAAUGCGAAGCCUGACGACGCUAUUGCUCUCCUCAAAGCCGGUGUCGAAGCGAACCCGUCAAGCUUCUUGCUCAAUUUUGCAUACGCUGAAGCCCUUGAACUGAAGCGCCAGUACACUGAAGUGCACGAUCUAUAUACGAAGUUUCUCGACACUCUGCGGGCUGAGCUUGACGAGCUUGAGGCCAAAGUCAAGGCUGAGACCGAGACUGAGAACCCGGCUGCCAACGGCAACGGCAAUGGCGCGUCGAUGCAAAUUGACGGGCCCGCGUCCGCCAACACCUCCAUUGACUCGACGACCGCGUCCAACAACAAGACGGCGGCGCUGCUUGCCUUGCGUCGAAAGGAAUACGGCAUCGCAUACGUGAUGUACAUCCGCUUCGCGCGGCGCGCAGAGGGUGAAAAGGCCGGGCGCACGCUGUUUGGCAAGGCUCGCAAGGACCGUUGGACGCCGUGGGAGGUGUACGAGGCUGCGGCGUACACCGAGUUCCACAGCGGGCAGGUGCCUGCGAAGACGGACGAGGCGGAAAAGCAACCAUACCUCAUUGCGAGCCGGAUAUUCGACAAGGGUUUCGAGCUUUUCGGCGAAGAUCCCGAGUUUGUCGAUCGGCAUUUGGUGUUCUUGCUCAACAUCAACGAUAUCAACAACGCACGAUCCCUGUUCGAGCGCGCGGUCAAUGCGAUCCCGGCGAAGAAGGCCCGCAUCCUCUGGGAGAGGUGGGGGCGGUACGAGUACACGUACGGCACUCUGGAGGACGCGCUCGCCUUCGAGCGUCGCUACAGCGAACUCUUCCCAACGGACAACCCGACGAAGCGCUUCGCGCAGCGCUACACCCUCAACUCGUACGACGUGAUCGCGCAGCGUGACCUCGGCUUUGCGAUCUGGAACCCCAGCGCGUCGGGCUCGGGGCGCAGUAUGGCGGCCCUCAAAGCGCAGCCGACGAUACGAGAUAUCCCAGCGGCGCCGCAGGGCGCGAAGCGAGGCGCGAGUCCGGAUGGGCGCGAGCGGCACCGCGAGGAGCGCGGGACGAAGCGGAUGAGGAACAACCCAUCGCCGGAGCGCAUGCGCGAAAGGGAGAGGGAGAGGGAUAGGUGGGAAGGGCCGCCGAGGCGGAGGUCGCCACCGAGGGAUGCGCCGAGGGAUCGUCCUGCCCGUUGGGCCGAGAGGGAAGACGACAAGAACGUGCUGCCGGUUCAGCUCAAGGACUUCAUUGGGCGUUUACCGCCGCCUCAUGCAUUCGAUGGUGAGUGCUCCUGCUUUCAUGGAGAUGAUGUUUGUGCUGAUCGUUUUGCAGGACCUAUCUUCCGCACGGAUGACCUCGUGAACCUGUUCAGGACUGCGGAUAUUCCGACCAGUCUGCCGCCGCGCGCGCGGUCUCCUCCGCGAGGUGAGUCUUCCUUCAUCUUACGCCGUAUUGACCGCGUGCAUCAAGCGGUCUUGCCUUUCCCUUCUGCAUCAUGGGCGUGA